UGCCCAGAAAGCUAGUGGAGACCCCAACAUCCCUAGCAAUCAAGUGGUGGUGGCGCCAGGUGCUGUGGAGCCUUAGGAUCCCAAAACUCCACCCGUAAAGGAAGGACCAUGGCACCCCCGAUCUGGGCCCUCCUGCUGCUUGGCCUGUCUGUCCUGCCUAGAUCCUGUUUAUCAGAGCCAGUCCGUGAUGCAGUUAUGGAGGGGCAGAAACAGGAGAAAGUACCCCUGCUUCUCCUCCUCAAGUCAGGCAACCAGGAUUCAGACAGGACACCAGUGGGUUCCAUGGGGCCACCAGAAAAUUCUGGGGCUUUGAACUUUCCCACGGACACCCAGGAGCACCCCAGUAGAGCAGAUGCCUUCAUCUCUGGGGCUCCAACACACGAUCCCCUCCCGAGGGUGCACAGCUGCCUGCUGCCCUUAGAGGAGGCCUGGCAGAGAGUGGAGACUGGCUGCAAGGAGACACCCUCAGCAGAGCAGACCCACAAGCUGGCCGAGGCCAUGAUGGAGUUCACUUUAGACCUGUUUGCCAAAGUCCUGCAGACAUCCACGAGCCCCAAUGUGGUCCUGUCGCCCCUCAGUGUUGCUUUAGCAUUAUAUCAUCUUGAACUAGGAGCCAAGACUAAGACGGCCCAGCAACUGCAAAAGGUCCUGCGUGCAGAAUCUUUGUCCUGCCUGCAUCAUACGCUACAUGGCGCCCGCCAGGAGGUGGGCCGCACAGCCCUACGCAUGGCCUCCAAGAUGUACCUGGAAAAAGGCCUCCCAGUCAAACAGGAAUUCCUGGAGCAGUCAGAGAAAUUUUUUGGUGCGAAGCCCGCCAUCUUAAAAGGGAACGAGAAGGAUGACCUUCAGGUCAUCAACCAAUGGGUGAAGGAGGCCACACAGGGGAAGAUUGAGAACUUUCUGUCGGAGCUCCCAGCAAACACAGUGAUGCUACUCCUUAAUGCCGUGUAUUUUCAGGGUUUCUGGAAGACCAAGUUUGAUCCCAGCCUGACCAAGACUGAUGUUUUUCAUCUGGAUGAGAAGUAUGUAGUCCCCGUGGUAAUGAUGAAGGCCAAGAAAUACCCUCUGCGCUGGUUCUUGCUGGAACAGGCAGAUGUACUGGUGGCUCAGAUCCCUUUCAAGAACAACAUGAGUUUUGUGGCCGUAGUCCCCAGCCAGUUUGAAUGGAAUGCCUCCCAGGUGCUAGGCAACCUGAGCGGGGCUGCCUUGUACCAGCCCUUCAUGAAGGAGAGGCCCACGGAAGUGAUGCUCCCCAAGCUGCACCUGGACCACCAGAUGGACCUGGUGUCGACCCUUGGCCAGUUGGGCCUCCAAGAGCUGUUCCAUGACCCAGACCUACGUGGGAUCUCAGAGAGGAAGCUUGUGGUGUCCAGCGUCCAGCACCGGGCCACUCUACAGCUGGACGAGGCUGGUGUGGAGGCAUCUGCUGCCACCAGCGCGGUCAUGUCCCGCAUGUCCCUCUUCUCUGUCAACAUGAACCGGCCCUUCCUCUUUUUCAUCUUCGAUGAUGUCACCCACCUUCCACUCUUUGUGGGCAGUGUCAAAAACCCCAACCCCAGUGGGCAGAAAGAGAUCAAGGAACAACGGGACGCCCCAGACAACAAGGAUUUCCUCCCAGGACAGAAAUUCUUCUUUGUGAAAGACAAGUUCUUUGGCCCCAACUUGAAAUUCUCUCCCCCCAUGGAGGAAGAUGACUACCCUGAAGUCCAGAACCCCAAGUGAAGGCAGGUGGAGUUGUGGCAGCAUCCUGCACCCUCCAGUCCAGUCCGAGUUUCACCACUGAGGUUGGGUUUGGGGCAGGGACUCUGACCUCUUGUGACUGUUUCUGACCAGUCUGCCAACAUGGGAUGAGGCACUGGGGCCAGGGGAGGGGUUUGGGAUCAAGAAUAGAGAUUAAGUGGGACAAGGGAGGAGAGGAUGAGAAGAUCCCAUACCCUUCCCUUCUCCUUGGGGUAAUGGUGGG